CUGCAAAACAGUCGCCGCCAAAGCUGAUAUGAAGCGUAGACUCAAUACGCCGCCGCCCCCGAUAAGACCAGCUAUGGCCGACAAACCAAGUGCGCCAGCCACAGCCCCUUGGUGUGGACGUGACUACAAGCCGCGCACUUUUGAUAAGCACACGCCUGUCGUGUGCUACGACAAGCCCAGUGCAUCCAUUGUCUCCCAUAAGGAAUACGAUGACAAACGCUACCUGGCCAUCACUGGAGAACUGGUGCAGACGCUGGUAGUGCCCAAGCGUGAGGCGCGCACCUGGACAAUGCAGGCGGGCGAUCUCUGCCGCAUCACAGUACACGAGGGCGCGCAGGUGGGCGAUCUGAACUUCUGGAAUCUAGAGAACACCCAGGAGCGUUUCUACUCGGGCAAGACGCGUCAGCUGCACGCCUCCCACCUGAGGGUCUACGAUCGCCUUUGGAGCUGCCUGCCCCACCUGCGCCCCAUGGCCACAUUUGUGUUCGACUCACUGGCCGGCUAUGGCAUCGACGAGGACGGUGCCGCUCUGCAUGAUGUGAUCGGAACGCGCUGCGAUGAUUAUACCUACAAGCUGAUAACGGGCCGAGAUCGCGUCGGCAGCUGCCACAGUUCGCUGGUCAAGGCAGUGGUGGAGGAGCGCGGCCUGACCGAGCAGGAUGUCCACGAUGUGUGGAAUAUAUUCAUGUGCACCGGCUUCACCAGGGACACGCAGCAGUAUUUCUGCAAGCCGAGUCCCGCACGCAAAGGGGAUUUCAUCGAGUUUGUGGCGGACAUGAAUCUGUUGGUCGCUCUGAGUGCCUGUCCCCAGGGCGAUGUCUCCAUACAGGUGGGAGCGGAGGUGCCCGACGACAAGUGUCACCCUCUGAAGGUGGAGGUUUUUCGCAAGAAGUAGCAGGAAAGUUUCCAUUACCCGAUCCAGCGGAAUUCCGUUCAAAAUCUUGAGUAUAAGAUAGAGAUGCGCAGACUUUUGGCUUAAAAAAAUUAACAGUCACAUGUGAUGCAAUUAUGGAAAUUAAAUGUAUAAAUAAAUUGUACAUAUUGGCAGACUAAGAUUAUUAA